AUAAUGUUUGCCUCUAGUCUGAGCCACGCCCUGCAGUUUUGCUGCUCAAUUCACAAAAGGUAAAGAAAUGUCUCAAAAGAGGAAAAGGUGUCUUUCUCUUUUGGUUCUACUGAUUGUCCUCACUCUCAAUGGUAGAUCUAAUGCUCAAGCAUCAACAAAUGGCUCAUGUGUAGCUGCUGGUUUUAGUAACUGUUGCAGUGUCGGUAACUCUGCAAGCUGUCAUGGGCUUCCCAAUGACUGCUUUUGUGACCAACUUUGCUACGAGUUUAAUGAUUGCUGCACUGACAUUGGCAGUGUUUGUGCAUCAGGUACUAUAAUUCCUCCUGACUCUGGCACAUGCGCUGCAAUGAAUUUCACAAAAUGCUGCAUACCAGGGACUAAUGUGUCACCCUCCUGUCAUGGAUCUGAUGGUGUCUGCUAUUGUGAUCAAUCUUGUCACCUCUUUGGCGAUUGCUGUACAGACAUUGAGCAAUACUGUCCUUCAGUCAACCCAUCAAAUACAUUAGCACCUACUGUUAGCCCAACUGUCAAUCCAGGAGCUGGUUCUUGCAUAGCUGCUGGUCAUUUGUCAUGCUGUGUACGAUCCUCCUCCAACACAUGCACUGGUAGCAAUGGACUCUGCUCCUGCAGUGCUGACUGUUAUGAUAGUGGGAACUGCUGUAAUGACAUAUCUCAAAUUGGAUGCGCUAUUCCAACUCCAACAGGAAGCCCACCAGGUACCAAAAGCCAUUCAGGUUCUAUGCAUCCAUCAGGCUCUAUGCAUCCAUCGGGUUCUAUGCAUUCAUCUGAUACUAUACAUCCAUCUAGUACUCAUAGCCAUUCUGGUACUAUGCAUCCUUCCGGUUCCAUGCAUCCAACUGAUUCUAUGCAUGCAUCUGGUACUAUGGAUCCAACUGGUUCUAUGCAUUCAUCUGAUACUAUGCAUCCAUCUAGUACAAUCAUGCACUCAAGUUCUAGACAUCCAACUGCAUCACAUAUUAAUCCAACAUCAACUAUUGUUCCAAUAGUUGUUACUGAUAAGGACUUAUUGAGUGUUAUAGUCCGAGGAUAUACUACCAAAUUAUUCAAAGAAGAUAAACAAAGCAACUUCAAAAAGGCAACAAUGUACUCUGUCAAUGACUACUGCUCUGCUCAUUCAUUGAGCUGUGAAGGUGUAGGGAUUAGAUCCAAACGAGAUACUAACAUUGAUGUCAGCAAUGUAAUAAUAUAUGAUUACAAAGAUGGAGCAUCCAGUAGUAUAGUAGUAAGGCUCUAUGUUCGAUUGGGUCCAAUGACAAUUCUUAGCAAAGAUGCCCUCCAAAAAUCAAUACAAUCUGGCAUUCAUAAUUAUAAACACCUAAACUUCACUAGCGUUGAAGUAUCUUCCACUGCCACUGAAUCGCCACUUACUAGCGAUCAGAAUAAAAACAAUUCUCUUUUAAGCUUUCUAACAAUACUUGGCAUUAUAGUUGGAAUUAUGUUUGUCAUGAUACUAGCAGCUGCUGGAGUUCUGAUUGUUGUAGUCAUACAGAAGAAACAAAGGCCUCCAAAUCAAUACGAAGCUGUUGAGAUAUCUGAGAGGCUCUUAAAUGGAAACCGUGCUCAACUACAGUUUGUUGUAAAUGAUGAUGAUGAUGAUGAUGAUGAUAAUGGAGGAGUCAGAGGAGUCUCUUAUGCUUAUCUAAAAAUGUCACAAGAUGAUAAUAGCAAAAAUAUAUAGCAUCAAGACCAAGAGAGUCAACACCAUUUUAAAACAAAACAUUUAUUUGUUGCACAUAAAAUGAUAUAGGCUGCUCUUUUACCACAAUGACAUUCCAUUCUUGUAUAUAUAAUGCAUUAUGCACACUGACACAUCAUGUAAUAUCAACACGCAAAUUACUGUCCAUGGCAACUUGUUUAAUAUGAAACAAGAUCUACCUUGUGAAUCUAGUAUUUACUCUCUAUCUUAUCU